AUGAUUAUCAUAGAUGAACUUCCCUUUAUAUUUGUUGAGGGGCAAGGGUUUAGGAGGUUCAUUGCAGUGGCUUGUCCUAGGUUUAAAAUUCCAUCUAGGUGGACAAUCAGUAGGGAUAUCAAUGUCAUUUAUGAAGAAGAAAAAUUGAAGUUAAAGUGCUUGUUUAGGGGAAACACUCAAACAGUCAGUAUUAUAACUGACUCUUGGACAUCUAUUCAUAGGAUAAACUACAUGGUUGUAACUGCACAUUUUAUAGAUGAGGAGUGGAAGCUACAUAAAAAAAUUAUCUCUUUUGUCCCUGUUACAUCACAUAAGGGUGAGUAUAUUGCAAAAGCACUUGAAAGUUGUUUGAUAGAGUGGGGGCUGAGGAAUGUGUUUACUGUGACAGUAGAUAAUGCUUCAUCAAAUGAUUUUGCACUUGGUUUUUUAAAAAGGAAAGUGUUGUCUUGGAGAUCAUCUAGUGUGAAGAGUAAGUAUCUUCACAUGAGAUGCAUUGCUCAUAUUCUGAACUUGGUGGUACAAGAUGGUCUAAAACAAUGUGAUAUUGCUGUUAAGAGGGUUAGGGAGGUUGUUAGAUAUGUCAGAAAUUCCCCUUCAAGGUUGAAGAAAUUUAGGGAUUUGGCAGAGUAUAGGGGAAUUGAGCAAAAAACAUCCUUGUGUCUUGAUGUGCCAACAAGGUGGAAUUCCACCUAUUUGAUGUUACAGUCUGCUUUGAUCUACCAGAAAGUAUUUGAUGACUAUGAAUACAGUGAUAACUCUUUUAAAUCUGAUAUGGGUGAUUCUAUUCCUACUUCUCUGGAUUGGGAGUCUGUGAACAACUUGGUUAAGCUGUUGAAAUGUUUCUAUGAGAUGACUAUCAGAAUUUCAGGGUCCCUAUAUGUGACAGCUAACACCUUUUUCUCUGAAAUAUCUGAUCUGUAUUGUAUCUUGAAUGAAAUGGUGGAAGCUGAUGGGGCUGUGAAACUAAUGGGGGCUAACAUGAAAGCAAAAUUUGAAAAAUAUUGGGGUGAUAUUGACAAAAUGAAUUAUAUGAUUUUCUUUGCAAACAUUUUAGACCCCAGUGACAAGUUAGAAUAUAUGCCAGCUCAAUUACUUCAUAUGUAUGGUGACAAAAAAAAAGGAAAAGAUUACCUUGAGAAAUUGUUGGCUGCUUUGAAUGAAUUGUAUGAUGAUUAUGCUGUGAGUUAUAGCCCUACUGUUGUCCUAGCUACUGAUUCUGGUUCUGUAGCAUCUGUUACUCCUGUUGUUGAGUCUGUUUCUGCCCCUAUGAAGGUUCAUUUGAUAUAUUGA